GAGAGAAGCUGUACUUCUGCUGCGACGGCUGGCUGUCCCCCGACAGAGGAACUGAACGCACCCUCACUCCGGCCCAGUUUGCUGUGGAAAGGGGCGAAUAUAAGGUCCUUCUCUACACCGGCCAAGCGCGAGGGUCGGGUACGGACGCCAACGUCUUCGUGGAGCUCAUUGGCGACCGCGGCACCUCUGGCCGCCUGGACCUUGAGGACACGGGCGCCUCCUUCCGCCGCGGCCGGUGCGACGCGUUCGACCUGUCGUGCACCGCCGUGGGGAGCCUGCUGGAGAUGGCGGUCGGCCACGACGGCUCGGGCGGCUCCCCGGGGUGGUACCUGGAGAUGGCGGAGGUCACGGACGUCAGGUCCGGAAAGACUUACUACCUCGAGUGCAACUCCUGGCUCGAUGAAGCCGUGGCCGCCGGAUCCUCAACCAAGGUGCUAAAAGCAUCCGCCACGGACCCCAGAGCCGCAAAAACAACGUAUCUCGUGACCGUGCACACGAGCAACACAAAAGGAGCGGGAACCGACGCGAAUGUAUUUCUGGAGCUUCGCGGGGAGGCGGGCUGGGGAGUGAGGCACGGCCUGGAUGCCAAGGGCAGGAACGAUUUCGAGAGGGGUUCCAAGGACGAGUUUGAGAUCGUGGGCAAGGAUCUCGGGGAGCUGCUAAGUGUAAAGAUCGGGCAUGACGGCAAGGGAUUCGCGGCCGCUUGGCACCUGUCCAAAGUGGAGGUGUGCCACGCCAGAUCCAUGCGCCGUUGGACCUUCCUCGCAGAUCGCUGGCUUCCGAAGGACAAGGGAAAAGGGAGCACUGAAAUCGAGCUCAGUCCCGCUGGGUCGGCAAACGCGAUCGCCUUCCGGCAGUACGUCAUCGAGGUCUUGACUUCCGACAUAAGGGGCGCCGGCACCGACGCCAACGUGCACGCAAAGCUGCACGGCACCGAGGGCGAGUCGGAGGACAUAUGCCUUCAAAGCUCCCAGAACUCCAGAAAUCCGUUCGAGCGCGGCCAGCUGGACAAGUUCACCAUCGAGUCAUCUGCGCCCAUCGGCGGCCUGACGCGCCUGCAGAUUUGGACCGACGGAAGGGGGGUGCUUGCGGACUGGCACCUCAGGAUGGUUGUGGUCGUGGACGUGGAACGCAACAGGCGUCACUUCUUUUGGUGCGACGACUGGCUGAACAGGGAGAACGAGUUCCGGAAGGUGCUGGAA